AAAAUAUUUCUAGGGGGCAUCAUUUUUUUCAGUGAAAAUGAAAUAUUAUAUUCUAUUAUUUUUUGCUGUUCCAGUUCUAUCACAAGAACCAGGGCCCAAAGACACUGCUCAUCAGAAAGAUACUUUUAUAAGAAUAGAACAGUUAUAUGAGAACAGAAAGAGUGUACUGUUGGGAGAUCCUACACAUCUUGUACAACUACUACUGGAGCAGGAUGGUCGUAUUGUGGACUGUACUGCAAGAAGAAGAAGUAGUUUUGCCAUGGGAAAUAUAGUAGAGGAGGCAUCGAUCGCCGAAGAGACGUUAACUAUGCCACCUGGCGUUGAGUAUUUAGAGAUGAUUGUUGAUGUAAGCUGGUAUGCACGGUACUGUAGACGUCAUGUCAGAAAUACGAUGCGUCAAGGAGAAUAUGGUGAAAUAGCUGCACCAGCAAAACAACUCUAUGAAGAGCUUAAAGACAGGAAAUGGCUGGACCGAGGAGUUGAAGGAACAAACUUCUGCAGAACUAGUCCUACAAAGAUUAAAACUUCAUUGGAGAAUUUAGGGGAUAAAAAAGAAUUGGAUAAGUGUUGUUUAACCCUACAGACUUGUGAGGACUCAAUAACUCCACUGGAUUAUCUUAACAAUACUCUAAAUGCAGAUCUGACUACUAUAUUUUCCUGCGAGUGUACAGUACAAUUUAAACAAUGUCUGGAAUCAACUCCCUCUCUAGACUCCGAGCGUAUUCUAGGAAUUUGGGAGAAAAUAACCAGAUGCUACAUAUUAGAAACUAGAAAACAGUGCUUUGAGUACAGUCCUUGGUUUGACACCUGUGUAAAUGGAACAACAUUUGACAAAGCAGUGGUACAAAAUAUGCAGUAGUACAGAUACCACUACAAUUCUAAAUAAAUUGUGUAAUGGCCCUAAUAAAUUGGCGGUAUUUACAACUAUAAA